GUCGUUCUGAUAGAUUUCCUCUGCUACAAAGGCGUCGCAGUGGCAGCGGAACGGUAAGCGCUGGUGGUUGCUAAGACGUGGUUUCCUUUUCUUCGAGACAGUUCUGACUACCUCACGAAAUGCGACGCGCGACGCUGCUGGCAGCAGCGACUCUCAUACUGGACGCGUCCUGUGCGAUUGUACAAAAGAGGGCGCCAACAAACCAUGGUUGGGAACGUCGGUCGCUGACUCCAAAAGACAAUUCGAUCAAGCUUCACAUUGCUGUGCGCCAUGCCGAUGAUGGAGAGGCGAUAGAGCGACAACUUGCUCUCGCAUCAGAUCCAAACAGUCCGAGCUUUCGACAGCAUGUUUCGGCGGAGGAAGCAGCGCGACUAUCGGAACCUACGCGAGAAAAUGUUCACGAAGUCGAGGAGUGGCUUUGGGAGCACGACUUACUGGAAAAGGCAUCACUCUUCGGUGGAAUCUUUGAGAUCGACACCACGAUACAACAAGCAGAGCAGCUGCUCAACACGACGUACUCAACCUUCUCAGAUGGCUGGAAAGAGAUCAAUCGCGCAGAGCUCUAUCAUCUUCCAAAGGCUGUCGCGGAUUGCAUUGACUUUGUGACGCCCACGACGAGCUUCCCACAGCCUGGAGAUGCAGAGCAACAGGAGCACGCCAAGGAACUGCUCAGAAGAUCCGGCCACAUCUUCAAGAGACAACAGAAUAAUACGGAAUGCACAGGUGCCGAUGGCCUGGCUACUCCAAGCUGCAUUCGCCGAGUCUACGACAUCAACUUCGACGGACUGAACUACACGGCCCAACCAAACCGAACGACUUUCGCAGUCUACGCGACCGAAAGCGCUUCUUUCAACAACUCCGAUCUGCAAGCCUAUCUACGAGAAUACAAUCCAGCUGCCGCUCAAGCCAGCGCCAGCUACGAACUCGUGGGAUCCGGCGGCGUACCUGAUCCCGGCAUCGCAGCCAAAUUCGAGACAUCCUUAGGAACCCAAGCGCUCCUCGGUCUCGCCUACCCUGAAGUCCAAAAUGGAAUUUUCUACAACUACGGCGGAGUAUUUGGUCCAGAAAUAGGCCAAACCUACGACAACUUUGUCACAUUCCUGCAACAACUCCUCUCCAAUGAGACAGUCCCAUCCGUGAUCAGCAUCACAGAAUCAGCAAACGAGAACCUCUUCGAUCCAGACUACGCCAGAAGACUCUGUCUCAUGAUGGCACAAAUCGGAGCUCGAGGCGUAAGCCUUCUAUUCUCAACCGGAAACAACGGAGCCAACGGGCAAGAAGCCGGCGGCGAACAUAAAACAAUCUUCGAGCCCAAAUUCCCAGCAAGUUGUCCCUGGGUCACAGCUGUAGGCGGCACGACGAACAUCGGAGAUGAAGAAGCUGCUGUCAAUGGCACAAUCCCGAUAGCUUCUAGUGUAGCGAUCACAGCAAGCGGAGGAGGCUUCUCGAAUUUGUUUGCAAGACCGCGGUAUCAGGCGAAUCAAGUACAAAGCUACAUCGAUCAAUACGUUCCGAAGACAUAUGAAAACGAAUCUGGAUUCAAUUCUUCCGGAAGAGGAUACCCCGAUGUCGCAGCUUUCAGUACACAGUAUCCGACAUUCGUCGAUGGAUUUAUGUUACCCAUCGGUGGAACUUCGGCUUCGACGCCCACAUGGGCUGCAAUCAUAAGUCUUUUGAAUGACUAUGAGGCUUUUCAUGGGAGACCUCCACUCGGGUUCUUGAAUCCUUGGCUGUAUAGUUUAAAUGGCACGGGAUUGAAGGAUAUCGUGAAAGGAGGGGAGAAUGUUGGAGCUUGUUCCGCGGCUCAGGGUUGUAUGCUGGAGAAGGUUUUGGGGUAUAAUACGACGGAGGGGUGGGAUGCUGUUACUGGGUUGGGGAGUCCGAGGUUUAGGGAGUUGGUGAGGGUGUUGGAUGGGGGAAGGAUUGGAUCUGAUGAGGAGUUUACGUCGGUGGUGAGCAGUGCUGCGGCGGAGAUAACUGCAACGGCUACCACGAGCGAUGGUGCUGCGACUUCCACUGCCGCAGCGGCAAGUCGGUACGAAAACCGUGUCCAAGCAGCAUUCCUGGGCAUUGGCGCUCUUGUGCUCGCGGCCGUGUAGAGAAUGGACGUCAAGUAUACGAGCGACGCAGCUAUGCCUAACGAAGAAACAAUGACAUGAGUUGAGCAGAUUCUAAUCACUUGAGACCUAUGAUCGCUACACAAGCUACGAAAUCUCCUGUUUUCCGUCGCUUUCAUGCCAGGCUUCGCAGUGUUCAUGUCUCGGGAGCUCCCAUCGUCUCUUUCGCCAUCUACCUCCUAUUACAUCUGCAGUAAAACCUUGGACCAUCUCCUGUUCCCGCAACGCAUCUUCCGC